GCUGGUGGAAGGCAAGCAGUCUCGCGGAGCGGGAGUUCGAUGCCAAGGGAGCGAUGUAUCGAUGUAUCGAUAGUUUGCCAUCGAUGGAUGGGAGCCUAGGGACCGGCGGGCAGUCCCCGCCAGGAUGAGAAACUGUUGCCAUGGCCUCUCGUCUUAUCCUUACCAUCUUCUUUCUCACGUCAUUAGCGGGGCUGUCCGUAGCUGCGGUGCCUAAUAGGCAGCACAACAAUACGGCAACAAAAAUGAGGUAUAAGUGUCUAAGUCCCUACAGAAGAAUUGGCAACAGGUGUUACUAUCUGAGUGAAGAUAAACUGCCCUGGCGUGAUUCACAGUUUGCUUGUAAUGACCUAAACAAUGGUUACUUAGCAAAAUUAGAUAAAAAUUGGAAGGAUAGAAAGCUUAGAAAUUUUCUAAACAGAUCAAAAGAGCAGAAUGAGAGAUGGAUUGGAAGCAGCUUUGAUGACCGAAGUAAUAAAUGGAUAUGGGCAAAAGGAGGGGAAGCGCUAAGAUAUCGAGGAUUUUCUCAAAAAAGACCGAAUGACAACUACAGGUGGCGGUGUGCCAUAAUGAAUCCAAUUAUAUUUUUCAGGUGGAGUACGCGGAGCUGCCUAACAACAAAAAAAUACAUCUGUGAAAUCCCAAUUGAAAUUAUAGGAGGAGUGAAUGAAAGUAUUAAAAGAAAACAUCUGAAAGGUGGAAGGAAUAGAAGAAUCGGUCAUCGAAAAAAAUAUCAACCAUCACUCUCCAACCAAUUAAAUUAAAUUAAAAACUUUUUGUUAAAUUAAUGUUUUAAGUACAAAAUAAUUAUUUAUAUUUUUUUACAACUUCCAAGUAGCAAAGUAUAAGUAAAUUACUAAUCACAAAAAUAUUGUUUUAAAAGUAAUGUUAAUUUAUGUAUUUAUCAUUCAAUACAAAAAAGUAUUAUUUUGUUGUUAAAUUAAGUUUACACUUAAAACUAAUGUUACAAAUUAUAUUUUAAGGAGCUAUUUAUAUUGCCAUAUUUAUGUGAGUUAAGCUAAGACUAAUUACAGCAAAGCACAUGAAUAAAUUGUAAAGUGAAUAGUUUUUUCAAUCUAUGAAAGUAAUGUAUAAAUCAUUAAAAAAAAUUUUUUUUUUUUU